UGUUUGUAACUGGAUGUUGAGCAAAGGGUUAAUUUAUAUAUCGUCCUUAUGGGCGGAGGAACAACAGGAAAAUCUCAUCCAGCAACAGCUGCGCAACAAACACACAACCAGAUAUUAAUUUGGCUCUUGGUUGCUUUUCUUCUCCUCUGACAAUCUCCAGGAUCUACAGGCAGGAUGUCUGUCACUGUGUCCAAGGCUGAUGGGGUCACUGUACUCACUCUGACCUCUGACCCUGAUAGCCCUUGGCCUCCUCUGUGCCAGAUCCUCAAGAACCUUUGCUACAGCCCAGUGUGCUGCACUGUGUCUCAGCGCCUAAGGAGCCUCAACAGAACUUCUCAGACAGUGCUGGGGACUCUGCAGAUCAUGAUUGGGCUUCUCAGUGUUGGACUCGGAGCAAUCCUUGUAAGCAGAUAUGUUGGCUUAUGGACCAUUCGUGAGACUGGCUACCCUUUUUGGAUGGGAGGGUUGUUCAUCGUGUUUGGAAUUGUCAGCAUUUUGUCUGACAAGUAUCCAAGUCCAUGUCUGGUUAUCGUCAAUGUGAUUCUGAAUCUGACUGGGGUUGCUUUUGCCAUUGCAGCCAUUGUGCUGUAUAGCAUCAGUGUAUUUAAUAUAUAUUUGUGGAACAUUUGUGGGGAGCCCGACUACUGGUAUGGCCGGCAUACAACACCAAGUCCAUCUCCUGAACGGAUGAUACUACAGGAGAGAUGCUUGGAGGGCAAAGCUUUAAUUGAGAUGCUCUACAGAAGCAUCAUUGCUGUGCUAAUUGUGCUGUCAGUCCUGGAGCUCUGUGUCACCAUCAGCUCAGUCGUCUUAGGGAUCAAGAGUCUGAAGAGCAAAGAAAAGGGACAAACCAAGAGCACUGAUGACCCAGAGCUCUAUAAACCACUUCUAGAGGAAGAUACCACUGAGCCUACAGUCUGAAUGUAAUUGUGCUGUGAAGCAUUGUAAGCAUGGGCCUUUACUGCUUUGACUCUGUACUGCAACAUUAUCAUGCACUUCUCUUGCAUUUUUAUAUACUCCAAAUUGAAUGUAUUUCUAAAUAUCUACUUAUUCUUUUCAGUGUUCCAUCUUUCAGAUAGUGUGUCAUAUGCUUUGUUGUUGCUUUUCUUUCUUUCUUUUUGUUUUGUUUUUUUUCACAAUAUUGGGCUAUGAUACAUAAAAAUAAAGAAAUCUGUUGCACAUUUCA